AUGUUUUCGGCUAACCAGUACGAUUCAGAUAAGUAUAACGAACAAGAAGACAUGUUUGAUGAUUCAUUUUUCGAAGCAAAUCCUUCGGAACCAAGAUCAUUGAUCCAUGAUAAUCCAAACGACGAUAUGCACCCAAGUUCACAGUUUGGAAAUCUUGGGAACUUGGAUUUUUUCGGAGGCAAUAUGGUCAACCCAUUUGGUGAUAUGGGGAUGGGGAUGAAUAUGAAUAUGAAUAUGAUGGAUUUUGAUAGUGACGGAGACUUGAAGACUACCGAGUUGAAAGAUCGCUAUAUUGUGGAAAUGAAGGAUAUCGGGGGAAUCGAAGGUAAAGAAUUUAGUGUCGACUAUCAAAAGGGUCUUAAUCAAGUUAUAGUCAAUAUGAAUAAAACGGUGAAAUCAGGUGGAAGCUUUAGUUCCAGCAGCUCUCAAAAGAGUGUUGGGUUUGAUAAGCCAAUUGAUUAUAAUAACAUUCAUUCUGAAGUUCAAGGUGAUUCUCUUGUUAUAACCGUGCCCAAGACUGACGAAUUCGCAUCUCUCGAAGAUGAAAAUGACCAUUCUUUUAUCGAGGGUCUUGCUACGAAUUCAAAAGAUGGCAAAGACGAUUACCAAUCGGGUUACAUUGAAGAUGUUGAAUCAGAUGAUGCAAAUUAG